AUCCUGUUAAGACUGAUGAAUAUUAUGGUUUAAAUCUGGAAUAAAGCUUUUGAUAGCUGGUGAUGGGAAAGUUACAGUCGCGGGUCCUUAGGAGAACACUACAACAACUGCGAAACAUACUGGUGGCAAGAGCUAAAAUUUAGCAAACCCAUGAGCUUGAACUCAAUGUUGGCCCCAGCCGACAACUCAUUGGAGAAUUUAACAAAAUUAAAUUGGUUCGUCACCACGAUCUUCAAGGUCUACACCAGAAGGCGUGGCGAGUCGCAGGAAGUGGGCUCCUUAAGUCCGCUACAACCAGCCGAGUUGAAGCGACUACUACAGGAGACCUAUCCUAGGAGUCUAUGACGUAAUA